AUGACAAAAACAGGCUCAGUUUGUGUACCCAAUGACAUGAUGGAAACAGACUUUUUUUGUGUACCAAGAAAUGUGACUGUUUCAGACUCGAUUGGUGUACCUGAUUUCAUAGGUAAUGGAAACAAUACAAAUUUUCUGUGGGUGACAAAGCUAACCCAAAAAAAUGUUGGACAAGCUCAAGAACAAUCUGCAAUACCAGUUCUAGAAGAUGAAGCAGCUGUUUGGGAAAUGUUCAACGAUGGUCUGUCAGCCUAUAUUUCUAAAGAUAUUUAUUUACAUUUUUAUAUCACUCUUAGGAAUACAGGCAUGGGAUAUUUUCGACAAAGAAUGAAAGAUCAACCAAACAUCAACUAUAUAUUUACCUCCGAAAAGAAGUUUCUCUUUAAUAUACAUACAAUAUGGUUAUAA